CCGGCUGCCUUCCAUGCGAUCGGGCGCCCGCGUGGGUCAACGUGGGGAACUUGAGUUGCGCGUCCUGCCCCAGGUUAGCGGUGAUGCUGACGUGGCAGUCCCAUCAGAUGUGGGGUUGGUAGGGAGCGUGGGAGAUCGUCGGCGCAAAUUCUGCCGCGGUAUACAGAUGGCUUCGAUGGGCGACAAGCAGCGAGGGGCCACCGACUGGCUCAUAUUCAUUCAAGGAGCUCAUUCUCAUUUACAGGAGAUGGUGGAGGCACUGCGAUCAAAACUGGGACUUAGACCUGAGGCUGUUGGGGGGGCAGCUUCAUUGGGUCCGCCGUAUCGGGAAGUGAUGUCGAACAUGUUGCAGAUUGUCUGGGAGCUGCAGCAUCUGCAAACGGAGGGUCUCAUGGAUGGUCAACUGGAGGCUCUGAAGCGGUGUUGCGACAACAUCUUCCAGGAGGGGCAAGAUGUGUACGCGGCGCUGGAGGAGGAGUUCUACUUGCACUUGUUCGAGACGAAAGAUGCGGAUUACACCGACGCGUGCACCACUGGUAGUGACGAGCUGAAGGAGGGUUGAACUGGUGUUGAUAUCGCCCUCGCUACUGAUAAAAAGGCAAUUGAUUA